AUAUGUCAGUCAAACGUCAGGGAUCAUCCAAGCGUUUGACCUUGCACUUCUCUGUUUACGGAAAUAAUUAUGUUUGAUGAAUGAACAAUGGUGGAAUAAAUACUACUGUGUUUACGCGAAAUAUAUAAGAAGCUGUCUUGUAGUUAUAUUACAUUUGGUCGUAUAUGAUAUAUUAGUUACUGUCAUUAUGUGUAAUGACAAACCUAGCUAAGGCACAACGAAGGUAGCUACCUAGAGCUAGCGUGAUAACCAAGAAACUGCAAUUCGAAUCAACCAAAGUCACAUCUCUCACUAGCAAGGCAAGGGUUUCUCAAGAUAGGCUUUUACAUUACUGGUGUCGGUGUCUCUGCUUUAGGUACGUGACCCAACCCCAGCACCAUGUGGGACCAGGAGAUCAGACAGAUGGCAUCCAGCCACGCCAUCAUGGCGUCUGGGGUGUUUAUGGCGACGGUGGUGCCUGCAGUGCUAGUACCUGGCUUUUCUGUGUAUGGAACACACCUGCUGUGGCUGUACUCUGUGGCCGGAUCUGUUGCUGUGGUUAACAUCACCCUGUUCUGGCUAUUGGGGGUCAGCCCCCCAACCAAGAAACACACACUCACCUACAAGGUGUCUAAGUUAGUGCGUUCCUGUCUUUACCUGUUUCUCUCGUGUCUGUUCUUCCACACUGUAGUGGUCCUGUAUGGAGCUCCGCUACUGGAAACUGCAUUGGAGACAUUCUCUCUGGCGGUGUUGCUGACAAGCUUAACCACUCUGCGGUGUGUGUGUGUUCUGGGGCCAAAUGUCCAGGCCUGGAUAAGAGUCUUCAGUCGCCAUGGGGCCAUGUCUGUGUGGGACACCUCUCUACAGAUGGUGGUUGGAUGCAGUGUUGUGGGAGCCUGGCUGGGGGCAUUCCCUAUUCCCCUGGACUGGGACCGUCCCUGGCAGGUGUGGCCUGUGUCCUGCAGUCUGGGUGCAGUGAUUGGUUACCUGACUGGGCUGGUUGUAGCUCCCACCUGGAUCCAUUGGCACCGCAAACACCUGACCUACAAGAGCAAGUGAUGGAUGGGGCGGAGUUAAUGGGGUGUGGAAGGGAGGGUGUUACUGAAGUCAGUCCUCCAUGUAGCUGAGACAUCCCUCUAGUUGUCCUAGUCUAUUCCUUUGGUAUCUGAAGAUGUAUUGGGAUGUUUGAGUGGGCAGGCCAUCUUCUGUAAAGUAUGAUGUUAUCCCAUUGCUAUGUAAAAAGAUCCUAACAAUCCCCCUGCCCCAUAUUUUUUAUGAAAGUUUCGAAAAUGUUUUGUGUAAUUAUUUAUUCAGUCAAUAGGCAUGUAAAUGGGUACAGGAAUUACAAACAAUCACAGGUUUGCAUUACACACACACACACACCGAGCUUUAUUUCUGGCUACAAUAUUCAACUGUAAUUAAAUUAUAAUAAAAUAUUGCUGUUGCAAGAGCUAAAUGUUUUUUACUGUAAACUAAAAUAUUGUUUUGAGAGAUGUUUCGGAAGGCAGUGAAUUCUUGAAUGUAUUUUCCUUGUCAAUGAUCCAUGAUGUACUGCUCUCUCAAAGUCACUCAAAGGCUCCCAAGGUUAAUACCAGUGUGUGUUGUGUUCUUUAUUCACUGGGGCAACUGGUGCUCUGCUCACUCUUAAAAAAGGAUUUAACAUUUUGGCUUAUGAAUAAAUGUUUUCCAAAACCAUCAUCUGAAAAUGUAUUUAACUUUUUCCCUUACAUUUUCACGGAUUAAAAUAUUUGGUUCUGUUUUGCAUACUAAAGCAUUUUCAUUAAAGUCUAAGUAGCUUUUUUAUGUGUUAGAAUUGAGUGCAGAUUUCAUUACAGAUGAUGUUUUAAAAAGCACCAAAACAGGCAAGCAGAGCAGGGGUUGGUAUUCUGUUAAUUACUGUUGACAGACGCUAGUGGUACUCUUUUCACUUGCCUUACCAGUUGAGUGAAGCCAUGCUUCGUGUCUGAAACCAAACUGAAAAUCUUUAUCACCUGUUAAUGUUCAAGUAAUUGGCAUAAGCAUUGGGUUUAUGCUGCAGACUUGCCACUGCACUUAUAAGUUUGCUUGGGGACAUAUCCGCUGGCUCUGGGGCACAUGCUGCUGAAGAAUGGCUUUGAAUCUGACCCAUGGCUCUUUUUGCAAAAACUCUCCUGUCUGUAUAUCUCCACUGUCUCUGUCAAAUAAAACUAAAAAGAAAA